AUGAUACAGGCUCUCGUCCUUGAUCUUAUGGGCACUUGUACCGACUGGUGUUCCUCCAUACUGUCUGCCUUGGGCUCCAAACCACCACUUGUUGACCCGCGCUCCUUUGCCAUGGACUGGCAGGCUGGUUUCUUUGAAGAAAUUCACCACCGCUUUCAGGCAGGCGAAGACCCUGAAGACCCUGAAGACAUAGAUGUCACUCACCGACGGGUGCUGGAUCGUAUCCUAUUAGAACGCAAAAUUGGAAUGGACUUUUGGGAUGAGGAAACAAGAAACGACAUGGUCCAAAGCUGGCACAUCCAACAAGCUUGGCCCGAUGCAAUCAAAGGCCUCGAGAUACUGAAGCACAAAUUUUUCGUUAUCGUCCUGGCCAACGGCACCACACGUCUUCAGCUCGACAUCAUCAAGUCAUCUCAGCUCCCAUUCCAUACCUUGCUGUCCUCGCAGCUCUUGGACCUCACGAAACCCGAUCCAAAGAUUUAUCAGAAAGCAAUAGAUUUGCUCGAUCUAAAGCCCGAGGAAUGCCUUAUGGUAGCUUCCCAUGCCUAUGAUUUGAGAGCUGCUGCAAGAAUGUGGGAUCCAGAGGAAGAUAUGGACCAUUUAAGACAAACUUUUGACUUUUUUGUCGAAGGGACAGACGGAAGCGACACCAAUGGAUUGGUUAAAUUGGCAACCAUCUUACAAGCAUGA